AUGGGAAAACCUUUUGAUUUGGUUGCUUGGACUGGAAAAACUCUCAGUAUCAUUUGUAGUGCUUUGCAAUGGGUGGUUUAUAGGAGGCAACAACAGAAGACUGAAGAUAGGAUUGAAUCUGAUCGUAAUGGUGCAAAAGAUGGUCAAGUUGACUCAGAUGAUGAACCUGAUUGGAUGAGAAAUGCUGUCAUUAACAAAGACAAGCAGGGUGAGGAGAUGAAGACUAAAAAGAAGGAGAAGUUUGGUGUUGGAUUUCGAAGGGUCGAUAAGAGAAGGAACCAUGAAAAUUGUAGAGAUUUGUUCUCGCGGAGUGUUGAGGAGGAGCCUUGCACAAAGAGAUAG